AUGAAUUCGCUCUUCAACUCAGCGUUACGGCAGUCCAACGCCAUCCGCAAAGACCUCGAUGCCUACGCCGAGUCGGCCACCAGCUCGCCGCCGCUCCAGGGCCAGCUCACAACCUCCCUCACAUCCUUCAGCCGCACAUUAGACGACUACUCGCGAAGUGCCCAACAAGAGCUCGUUCCGGAAAAGGCCCAGAAAGCCCAAGACCGUCUGACAAACUUCCGUUCCGAACUGCUCGACUACCGCAGUCGCUUUGCUCUACUCAAAGCUGAACACGAAGAAAAGCUACAUCAGAACAAUCGCAAUGACCUGCUAGGCCAUCGUCGCCCGCACGGCGCAAAUGCCACGCCAGAGAACCCAUACGCCGACUCUGCGCUCGCCAUCUCAUCGCGCGACGGCGGCGCAAACCCACUAUUCCGCACACGCGACGGCUUCGUGACCACACCCACUGGAGCAGCGGGCUCGAAUCCUUACUCAUCAUACCAAUCACCCUAUGCACUCAGCACGGAUUCUGGCGACCAAGCACGCGAGAAGCACGCGCUGCGGGAGCAAAACUUCUUCACGUCGACAAAUGCGACACUAGACGAGUAUCUGGAGCGAGGUCGCGCUGUGUUGGGCGAUUUGGGCGAGCAGCGCGAUAUACUCAAAAACACGCAGAGGAAGUUGUACAGUGUUGCGAAUACAUUGGGUGUUUCGGGAGACACGAUACGGAUGGUGGAGCGGAGGGCCAAGCAGGACAAGUGGAUUUUCUGGACGGGCGUGGUGGUGUUUGUGAUUUUUGUCUACUUUGUGCUCAAGUGGCUGCGAUAG